AUGGUGAAGGCCAUGGCGGGAUGCCCGGCGAAGAUGAGGUUCCGGAUGCCCGCCGAGUGGGAGCCGCACGAGCAGUGCUGGAUGGGCUGGCCGGUACGUACUCAUCCCUCCCUCCCUCCCUCGCCCCCUAUCGUCUCGCCCGGCGUGGCGUUCUUCGUCUUCAUCCAACUUUUCCGCUCGUCACGCGAGAUUCCGAUCGAAUUCGUUUAA